AUGGCUGAAAAAGAUAUUUCAGAUCUGAUGUGUGGUCUGGACCUAAAUUCGACAAAACAGCCCAAUAUAUACACUUCGCUUCACAGUGGAAGCUAUACCGAUGAGGCAAAGCCACAUAAAAUACGUCGGCGUCAGCUUUAUCGUCAAAUAGCAGAUGAUGAAGAAGCAUCAACCCAGCAGAACCGCAAACCAAGCAGCAGCACGCGAAUGAAUGAGCGGGCCCUUAAAGCCAACAAGACUGCGAAGUUGCGGGAGCAGCCUUCACCACCGAAAGCUGAGCCUCCAUCGGGACCGAACGCUAGAGUACGACGAGCUUCCAAGAAAUCCCUUGCUGCUGAUAGUCUGUCAUCAAAAUCUCAGCCUUCGCAUAUCUACAUCGUUCAGGUCAUGCGCCCCUCUGAAGCUAUUGAAGGUGCAUUCUCAUCGGUAGUAGAUGCGAACAACCGAGCUCUGGAUUACCUCGAGUCAAAAUUCAAUAUUAGGGCCGACGAAAUAUCGGGACAGAGAGGCCUUUUCGGCCAGGCUACGUCAGCAGUCAAGGCUACGAAAAGAAUAUGGCAACCUACAGGUAAUCUAGAGAUUCUCACGCCUAGUGGCACACCAUGGAUCAGGGUCUUGAAGAAACCCGUCCACUUGUGUCAGCCGAGAGCUGGAGAGAAAACAGUGUACCUGUCCCUGGAUCGGAGCGAUGGUAUAUUUGUUAUUGGAGCGUACCAAUGCCAAGAUGAGGCAUGGGAAGGCUGCAAGAAAUAUUGGUCGGACCUAUCAGUGUGUGCUUCAAUUUCAGAUUUGAAGGAUUGGUAUGAAGGUGGGUUUCAUCAUGCACAAGCCAGAAUCGCAGGAAAAUUGCAUCGCUGGUCUUUGAAAAGCCAUACACUAUUGUAG